AUGCUUUCUGGAUCUGACGAUGUCCGUCGCAGGACGGCCGAAAGCUCAGCACAGAGUCAUCGGGGUGGUAAGACGGUGAGCCGAGGUCUUCUUCGCACAAUUCAACAGACAAAAGGCCAAGGCAACCCUCUUGAGAUAUCCGGUGUGGCCACGCUACGAAUCCCUUCGACCUGGAUUCUUAAACGAAAUGAAAGGUACGCUAGUAUCAAGGAAAAGUUAUAUUUGCUAUAA